CAAAUGAUAAACCCACCUACUAAAAUCCCCAUUUCCAAAACCCUAAUUGAACAAUCGCCAUGAGACCUCUCGACGAGAAUGAGACGACCGCCGUCUUCAACAAGCUCCACAAAUUCGUCGGCAACAACCUGAAGAACAUCGUCCUCGAAUCUCAGGCCCACGAGGGACCCGAGCCGAACCCCGGCCGCUACUGCUUCCGAAUGCAGAAGAAUCGCGUCUACUACGUCUCCGAAUCGCUCGUGAAGCGCGCCACCAACAUCAAGCGCGACAAGCUCGUCUCGCUGGGGACGCAGAUCGGCAAAUUCACCAAGGGCGGGAAGUUCCACCUCACGGUCCAGUGCCUGAACCUGCUGGCCGCUAACGCCAAGCACAAGGUAUGGCUCAAGCCGACGGCGGAGAUGAGCUUCCUGUACGGGAACAGCGUGUUGAAGGGAGGAGUCGGGAGGAUUACGGAGAGCAUUCAAGUUAAUGACGGGGUGGUCGUUUUCUCAAUGUCAGAUGUGCCGCUGGGAUUUGGGGAUGCGGCUAAGAGCACCGUCGAUUGCCGGAAGAUGGACCCCAAUGGGAUUGUUGUGCAUCGCCACGCCGAUAUUGGAGAGUAUUUGAGGAUGGAGGAUGACCUUUAGUUCGGAUUGAAUGGAAUAUCAUGGUGAAUUAUAUGAUAUAAUUUUGGAUUAUGAAUGCUAAUCGCUUCGUUGUAUGCUGCUGUCUGACAGAAGUUGUGGUGGUUAUGUUUCCAUCUUGAUUACCGAUUGUUUUGGUUAUGAAAUUUUGUCCCUUUUAUAUUUUAUUUGUCUCAAUUUGUUAGGAUUGUGAUGAUAAAUGAGUUUAAUCGUUACCUUAUUAUGAUACUACACAGUAGUAUGAAUUUUGUUUGUUAA